AACUUGUACAAUAUCCACCGAUAUUUACAUUUUGAUCAAAGGGCUCCUACCACUCCAGGAAUUUCUUCAAACUUUCUGCUCAAGCAAUUAAUGAAGAUGGGAGAGAUGUCGGGGUUCCAAUUGGGCGUUGUGGGAGCACUUUUUCUUUCGGUGGCUUCUUCCGUUUCUAUUGUCAUCUGCAAUAAAGCUUUGAUGAGCAAUCUUGGCUUCCCAUUCGCCACAACGCUCACUAGUUGGCAUCUGAUGGUGACGUAUUGCACACUUUUUGUGGCACAACGGUUGAAUCUGUUUGAGAACAAGUCGAUUGAGAUGAAGACUGUGGUGCUUUUUGGCCUUCUCAAUGGUGUCUCCAUUGGUCUUCUCAACUUGAGCUUGGGUUUCAACUCCGUUGGCUUCUACCAGAUGACCAAGCUUGCCAUUAUACCAUUUACCGUAUUACUAGAAACAAUUUUUCUGAAAAAGCAAUUCAGCCAAAAGAUAAAGUGUUCUCUCUUCCUUUUACUGGUUGGAGUUGCCAUUGCCUCUGUAACCGACCUUCAACUCAAUUUUGUUGGAACAGUCUUAUCUCUUCUAGCCAUUGUAACAACCUGCGUUGGACAAAUUCUGACAAACACAAUACAAAAGAAGCUCAAUGUGUCUUCUACGCAGUUGUUAUAUCAGUCAUCGCCAUUCCAAGCUGCUAUUCUGUUUUUGUCAGGCCCUUUUGUUGAUGAGUACCUUACCUCCAAACAUGUCUUUGCGCACAAAUAUGAUCCAAUAGUUGUGGGCUUCAUCAUCCUAUCGUGCAUAAUUGCGGUGUCUGUGAACUUUAGUACGUUUUUGGUGAUUGGAAAGACAUCUCCAGUGACAUACCAAGUGUUGGGACAUCUCAAGACUUGCCUUGUUCUUGGCUUUGGCUACACAUUACUCCAUGACCCUUUCACUGAGAGGAAUAUAAUUGGAAUAUUUAUUGCUGUUUGUGGGAUGGGACUGUACUCCUAUUUCUGCACACAGGAGACCAAAAGGAAACAAUCCGGAGACCUCUUAGGCUCUCAGAUUAAGGAUAAGGAUGGUGCUCCACUUUUGGGAGUGAAGAGCAUGGUUCACCAGGAUAAAGAUAGUCAUGAGGUUAAGAAGUCACCCAAGGACUCUCUUGUUUGAAUGAUUUAUAUAUGUGCAAUGUCUAGCUAGGCUUUGAAUUAAAAGAGGUUUCUAUAAACUUUCUUUUAUUAUACUCCUGUGUUUUUCAUUCUUAAAGACA